AUGGCUUCGCCCUCAGCCACAGACUCUCCAAAAGAGGAGAGCACCGAUGUCCCCGAGGUGACGCAAGCAGAGACGAGAGUGGCCGUGUCGCGACUCCGGGCUAAGAACACAGCGCCCGGAUCCGACGGAGUCCCUGGUCGAGCUCUCGUCCUGGCUCGGAAGGAGCUAGAGCCCCAGCUGAGGGGGCUCUUCACGGCAUGUCUCGAGCAGGGUCAGUUUCCCAGUGUGUGGAAGGAGGGGAGGCUGGUCCUGCUCAGGAAGGAGGGGCGCCCCGCGGACUCACCGUCCGCGUACCGGCCCAUAGUGCUGCUCGACGAGGCGGGCAAACUUUUUGAGCGUAUCAUCGCAGAUCGCCUCGUCAGCCACUUGUGCAGAGAGGGGCCGGACCUGGAUGCCAACCAGUUUGGUUUUCGUCGCGGGCGCUCCACCAUAGACACUAUUACGCGCGUGAGGGCCCUGGCGGAGGAGACAGUAUCCCGGGGUGGUGUGGUGCUGGCGGUGUCCUUAGACAUCUCCAACGCCUUCAACACCCUACCCUGGAGUUGUAUUCGGGAGGCGCUGAAUUACCAUCGCGUGCCACCCUACCUCCGCCGCAUAAUAGGGACUUACCUUGAGGAGAGAUGCGUUACCUAUUGGGGACGUGACGGCGCUGGUCGGCGCGUCAUAUCGUGCGGUGUUCCGUAG